CCAAAGCAGGAGGUUAGAUGAGAUCAAAUGGCUGCCUUUCCCUGCAUGACCAUAUUUUUCCUGGUAUCCUCCACUUUGGCACAGAUUGUUUUUUCAGGUAAGCAUAUGUCUUUUACUUGCAGGAGAGAAAAAGAGUCAUUUGUGACUGGAUGGGUAAAGUUUUAUCCAGGUCCAUUUGAAUCAGUAACUUCAGUGAGUGAAAUCAAACUCCACGGAGAACUGUUUCUUUUAACCUAUUGUGUCUGUACUUUAUUUGCAGAAAUCUUCAAACCCCAUGACUAUUCUAAAUGGCCUAUGCCCCCAUGUAAAAUGUACCACCCACUGGAUCCUCUUUAUGACGCAAACUGUCCUGAGGUGACAGCAUAUGUUUGUGCUACAAAUGGCCACACUUACAAGAAUGAGUGUCUCCUUUGUGUUGAUCAGUGGGAAUUCGGUCCUCAUAUUAAAUUUGAUAAAUACGGAAAAUGUGAUUAAUGGAUAACAGAGUACUAUAUAGUUGCUUAUUCUUUUCACUAAAUUCUGAAAAUUAUUUCUUUUGGAAUUUGAGGGUGUAUAAUAAAUAACACAACUCCAUGCUGCACCCAAAUUUGGAACAACAUUGGAAACAAAAGAAAACUAAUGGAGAACUGAGUAUCACAUUUAUUAGAAAUAAACACCAUACUGAAAAAGGUGGUAGAUAUUCAUCUCUGGGUACUGAUUGUUUCAAGUCAGCUUUCAGUUUGCUUAGGGCUGAGGCCUGUUAUCAAACGUGCUUAUGAACACUCCCUUGAAUUCAGUUUAUUCCAGAUUGCAGGCUUAUCUGCAAGGUCAGACGCUGCCCCACUAAUCUCACUUAAAGACAUGAACAAAAGAGAAAAUAUCCCCUCCACACAUGCACACAGUUGUUUGAGAAUUUCUACCUCAUAUUCAUAAAUGAAGCCCACUU